CUUUUACAGCUCAAGCUGGAGGAAGUUGCUGCAGGAUUCUGAUGAGGCCGGGGGAGCCCUACCUACCUGAACUCGUACGGUCCCCCAAAAACUCCUGAGGGAAAGGAUUUUUCCAUGUCGUGCACAGCCAUCAGAAUACGUCAAUUUAUAGAUCCUACACCCUACCUACCUCCAGGCACUGUUAUUCGUCAAGGAAAGGACAUUCAAGGGUUCUAUCCUGGGCAACUAGGACGGGUACAUAAGGCAUGCAUGCCUGAAAUAGCUCCAGGACCUUUCAUAAAACUGCACCCAGCUCCAGUGCAGCAUGAAGUUGAAACUCAGUACCAACAUGACUUUGAUAAUUUAACUCUUCAGGGGCAUGUCCUUUUUCAAGGGACAAUGAAGAAGGCAAUGAAUGACUGGUACAAGCAAACCACGUACAAAGAAGAAUUUGCACUGCCAUUUUACAAUAUGGACCAUGCUGAGGAUAAAUACACACCAAGAACUGAUCCUGGACCACUGACAAUCUGGAGAAGCAUUGCUGAUCCAAAAAAAGUAACCUGCCCUUGCUUGUGAGAAGUAUUUCAGCUAAGCAUUAAGAAAAUAAAAGCAACCCAUUGACAUUAAUCCCAUUUACAUGAGACUUUCAGAACUCUGCUUCUGUUAAGCUAUACUGUAUCAUUUUACAUUGUAGUUUGUGUUGGUGAUGCUGCUUGGAAACUUUAAUCAAGUUUUAUCUGGAUUACUUUGUACAAUGGAAACAGUUGGGAAUCAAGAUACUUAAUUCCCCAGUACAUGUUCUUGUUAGCUGUGCAUUUUGGGAAUAUAGUAAUCUUAUUUAGUUACAUCAAGGGGAGAAUAGUCUAUCCAGGGGGAGGACAAUUGCAGAGACCAGCACCCAAGGCCUCUAGGAGUCCUUCCCUGUCCCACAUGGCUGUGACAAGUAACAGCACUGGCUGUGUACUGGCAGUUGAAGAAACCUCAAAGGUUGUAAAAUAAAGACAAUCAGCCAUUUUAUUAAAAAAAAUAAAUUGUUCUUCCACCAAAGAGGGAGCUUUGUUGCAAUACAUGAUACUCUUGAAAUCUAACAUUAUGCACCUACAAAUUCAGCUGUUGUAAGAAGCAAUGGAAAGCUUAAUAUAGGGCCCACUUACCCCAUUCUCCUAUGAAGCAACUCAAGGGAGUGUGCCAAAGCUGCAGGAAAAUAGAAGUGAACAUAGAUCUUUUUCUACAACAUUCCCACAGGAGGGGCUUUAGCAGCUGAGUUUGCUGGAGAGAAGGCCUCCAAAUCCUGCCUAGCCCCCAGAUUGCUUAGUCCAGCAGCAAUCAGGGCUUUCUAGAUAGAUGGCUGCUCAAUACAGUUCUACUGCAACCUUCUCUGGCAGCACUGGCCUGAAUGCACAAAAGGAGCUAGGCACUUAAGUGUCAGUUUUGGGAACACAGAACUACACAAGUCUCCUGCUGACACCCUCUAGGUACCUAAACUCACCUGGCCCUUAAAAAAAACCCAAACUUUUUUUUGGCAGUAAAAAGUCUCUAGGCAUGUAUCUUUCUGCUUCCGGGCACGUACACUGCUGUGUCCUUGUGCGGUCAGUUGCCUCCUCUUGUGAAAUCAGUUGCAAUAAUAUUUACAGUCUCAAAAUUCUUCCUCCUGCCCCAAAAUGAAAUUCAUGCAGACUAAAAUGAAGUGUUUCAACUCCUACUAACUUUUACAGGAUGGUUUAAUUCAAUCUGCAGGGCUAGUAAAGACUUAAUUCCUCCGCACUACUGCCAUAAAAGUAUUUUUUGCAAAGUUUACAGCAGUUUAAGGAGGCAAGACUUUUUGCUUCUCAAGUAAGAUAAGGAAACAAGAGGCCAUAGUGCAGUCUCUAUUGUGAAAGUGCAACUUACAAAUAUAGAUUUUUAUUAUAUAACUGCACUCAAAAAUAAAACAAUGUAAAACUUUAGAGCCUACUAGUUCACUCAGUCCUACUUCUUGUUCAGACAGUCACUAAGACAAACAUGUUUGUUUACAUUUGCAGGAGAUAAUGCUGCCCGCUUCUUAUUUACGUCACCUGAAAGUGAGAACAGGCACUCUCAUGGCACUGUUGUAGCUGAUGGUGCAAGGUAUUUAUGUGCCAGAUAUGUUAAACAUUUGUAUGCCCCUUCAUGUUUUGGCCACCAUUCCAGGGGACAUGCUUCCAUGCUGAAGAUGCUCAUUUAAAAAAAAAAAAAAAGUUAAUUAAAUUUGACUGAAUUCCUUGGAGAAUUGUAUGUCUCCUGCUCUGUGUUUUACCCACAUUCUGCCAUCUAUUUCAUGUUAUAGCAGUCUUGGAUGAUCAGCACGUUAUUUGUUUUAAGAACGCUUUCACUGCAGAUUUGACAAAAUGCAUGGAAGGUACCAAUGUUGAGAUUUCUUAAGAUGCUACAGAACUCUACUCACGAUUUAAGAAUUUGAAGUGCCUUCCAAAAUCUGAGAGGGACGGGGUGUGGAGCAUGCUUUCAAAAGUCUUAAAAGAGCAACGCUCCGAUGUGGAAACUACAGAACCUGAACCACCAAAAAAGAAAAUCAACUUUCUGCUAGUGACAUCUGACUCAAAUGAUGAAAAUGAACAUGUGCUGGAUUGCACUGCUUUGGAUUGUUAUGGAGCAGAACCCAUCAUAAGCAUGGACACACGUUCUCUGGAAUGGUGGUUGAAGCAUGAAAGGAUAUAGGAAUCUUUAGCACAUCUGGCAUGUAAAUAUCUUCUGACGCCAGCUACAACAGUGCCAUGCGAAUGCCUAUUCUCACUUUCAGGUGACAUUGUAAAUAAGUAGUAGGCAGCAUUAUCUCCUGCAAAUGUAAACAAACAUGUUAGUCUUAGCGACUGACUGAACAAGAAGUAGGGCGGAGUAGACUUGUAGGCUCUGAAGUUUCACAGUGUUAUUUUUGAAUGCAGGGUUUUUUUGGUACCUAAUUCUACAUUUAUAAGUUCAACUUUCAUGAUAAAGAGAUCGCACUACAGUACUUAAGUGAAUUGAAAUAGUAGUUUAUUUUUACAGUGCAAUUAUAAUAAAACCAAAGUGAGCACUGCACACUUUGUAUUCUGUGUUGUAAUUGAAGUCAAUAUUUGAAAACAUCCAAAAAUAUUGAUAAAUGGUAUUCUGUUUAUCACUAUUAAGCAUGAUUAACUUUAAUUGGAUGAUUAAUCUUUUUAAUCACUUGACAGCCCUAAUAGUUUUCCUUUUAUAAUUUCUACAGUGCCUUUGCCUAGUUGUGAAGUCAAAAACAGUUCUAAUUACUGUCACAGAAGAAAUUUAAAGUGGCACCUAAAGAUUAAAACCUUAAACAUAUGAAUAAACAUGAUUCCUUCUAAUUAGCAAGAGAUUUACUUUACUUUAAGAUGCACUCAAAGUAGAGACGUGCAGAAAAUUGUUUUAAAAUUAAUAUUUAAAAAAAUUAAAUCAGAAUAGUUCAUAACUGUAAAUGAACUUUAUACAAUAUCAAAUUUAGUUUUUUGCACAUUUUCUGUAAACUUGUCAUAAGAGCCCCUUGCAUACUCCCAACAACUCAAAUCACAACUUUUUUUGAACAAAAACUAUCUCACACGGAGUUUAGACAAUGUUUAUAGCAUUAUAAAAUCAUCAGAAUCCCUCUUUAAUCACUCACUACAACAGCAGCCAUAAAGAAUACAACAUAUUUAGGAGUACAAAUAAUGAGGAUGUAAAACCAUUUGUGCAAAACUGCAUUAUUUUUACUGGUUAAGAUUUCAGGGACAUAACACCGCCAGAAGCAUGGAUACGACAAUCAAGACAAAGUCAGGAAAAUAAUGUUACCUUCCAUUUUCAAACAUCAAGGAUUAUGUUAUGAAGUAAAUACUAGAUGAUAAAGAAAAGUCUGGUGGCACCAUGUAUAACAGUAAUGGCAAGUGUCCUGGAGAUAUUGCCAGUUGGAUAGAGAGCUGAUAUAGGUAGAAGUCAAAGUCUUUCAGGAGUAGCAAUCAGUUU